AUGCCCCAGGGUUUCUCAUUCAAGGAAAGUGUGGUUUACGCCGCAGAGCCUUGCGCUACCUUGCAAGGUGUGAAUCGACCAGAGCUUCUUCCCAAGACCGAUGCAGCAACGACACCUGUGAUCGAUGUAGCCAGGAUCUUGACGAAUAGUCAAGAGCGAGAACUGGCUACAUACAUUUCAGAGAUUGAAGCUGCGUCGAAGGUGCGCGUGCGCGUACUUACGCAGACUUUUCCGAACACGCCAGGACUGGCCAUAAGGGACUACUGGAAGCCAGAUGGUCGUACAGUUAUCUAUGUCCAUGAUACCGGGGGCCUUGGCGAAGGCUACGUGGUCAAUUUCAAUGCCGGUGCAGAGGUGGAGAAGAUGAAGCCUCUGACGUACUGGAGGCAAGUCCAAAACACAUAUGGGAAUCGCUACUAUAUUCGG